AUGGUGAUCGAAGGCUGGCUUGAGCCAGAGCGCGUUGUCGUUGCGUCUGCGGGUUCCGGUAGGUCGUCGGCAGUGUCUGGCUCGGUGACUGUCUCGAAGAAGCCGCCACUGCCGUCUGCACCGAAACCGCCUCCCUCCGUGCUGGAGCCCCCGAGUCCGCCGGCGCCGGCUCCACUUGCCGCAGAGCCUCUUCCUCUAGCUGCGGCCGCUCCUCACGCGCGUGUUCCUGCGGGGCCUGCUCCCGUUGCCCCUGUUGCUCCUGUUGCUCCCGUUGAGUCUCCUGCUCCCGUUGUCGUCGUUGAUGCCCCCCCGGGCGCCCCGAUCCUCGAUGCGCCGCUUGUCUUUGUCGCCCUGCCUGCCCCGGUUGCUGCUGUUUGUUCAUCACCGCACGCGGUGUCCGCCACCACUGGCGGCCCAAGGCCAGGGGAGGUGGGGGGGGGCGUUGCGCUGUCGGCUCCCGUCCUACCGACUGCGGCGACAUCGGUGCCGCCCCCGGACGUCCAGGCGGUUCCUGAUACUGCGCCGCUCGCCGCUGCUCCCCUGGCUCAGCAUGCGAUGCAACUGGAGCGGAACGGGCAGGCGAGCCAGAGCAACUCGCCGCGCGUCGCUCCAGCGCAUGCGUCCCGUCCUCCGUCUGCGCCCUAUGAGCCUGCACCUCCCCUUCCACAGUCAGCCGUUCCCCCCCCCCUAGCUCCCUCUGCAUCUGCCGCUGCUCAUGGGAACCGGAUGCGCCUGCCGUGGGUUCCUCCUGUGGCAGGUAUGGAGUUUGUGACCGCGGCUGGAGGACCGGUGACGGCGCAGUAUCCCUCUCUACUGCCUGUUGCUCCCGCUCCUCCGGCUGUAUCGGUGCCAUUACAGUCACUGGUGGGGCCCCUUCCGUCAGCCAUAGUGCCGGAGGCGUCGCUGGGGCAGCUAUGGCGCCUCUCUGAGGGUCUGCGGGCAGUGCACCUGAUUCAUGUGUAUGGUCACGCGGCUCUCUCCCAGGGUGCUCAUCUGGACCCUGGCCCCCGUGACGAGUGCCUGGAUGCCGCGGAUCGACUGGCCGAGCUCCUGGCGCCCGUGUUGGCUCCGCCCGCGCGGGGUGGAGUUGCGGGCGUUGGACAGUUGGGGACGGCGGUCCGUGGUUUGUGCCGGUUGUUGCGCGCGGGCUCUGCCGUCGACUUGAUCGGCGCAACGACAGUGGUGGUGCGCGAGCUUCAUCGUUCUCUGACGGGUCUUCUCGCUGUCCUUGACGCGGAUCAGAUGUAG